AUGAUCCCCCGAGCUCAAAAAGCCACCCGAGACAAUCGCCCCGGAGCCAGAACAUGCAAAACAUGUGCUCCCUGUCGGCAGAGGAAGAUCAAGUGUGACGGUACGCGGCCGUUCUGUCAGGAGUGCCGGGCUCACGGCUCGAGCUGCGUGUACCCGCAAGAUGCUAGGCGAGAUCCACGGCCAUCGCGAGCGCGCAUCCAAGGCCUCGAGGCGGCCGUCGCAGCAAUGCUGGAGCACAUGAAGUCGUCUGGCAUCGUCCCGUCGCAUGCCAAGCUAGGCGACUGGCUGCCGGAGGCCGCCGCAGAUGUCGGCUUGGCUGAAGCCACUGAUCUAAGAGGCCACCGGGCAGAGGGUCAGCCAUCUGAAGAAAACGGUAUUGACUCGGCUGGGGCUGCCAUAUCACUAGAGACCCCGGCAAUGUCGACCGGCAGCCUGAUCCAAGAUAACAGUCUCCCGCUUUCUACUCCGAUGGGCAAAGCCGGCGCCAUAAACCAGCACUGGGCUCGAAGGACCACCGACAGUACAUAUUCUCCACUACGCCUCGACUGGCGUGGGCAGGAGUCAUCCAGGGCUUCCCACACUCUCUCACGCCCAACGUCUGUGUAUCCGAAUAGCGAGGCUCUGUCAACCCCGAUCAGCUCACAGCCCUUUUCCCACUUGGAUAGCCAAGAUGAUUCAGGCAUGUCACCUUGCGAAGCUCGAGUCGCCGGAGUGUUCCAUGAACACGGCUGUGUCAAGUCUGUUCAUGGUCUCGCCAGUAUCAUGAACCCAUCAUCUCAAGCUCAGCAUAAUGAAAACAUUUCAAAAAUGAAAUGGAAGGGAGAGCGAGCGGUUUCCGCCUCCAAGGCAAGGCUCAUCAGUAAUGCCGCUCUACAGCGACAACGGGGGGCUUCGUAUAUUCCAACAACCGUCAAAUACCAUUGA